AUGUCGCCAGACUCGGAACCACUGGCAGUUGACGUCUACUCCAAACCCGUAGAGGGACAUGUUCCUCAACUUGACACGGCUUUGACUCCAUCAGCUCGGAUUGCCAAGGUUCAAAGCCGAGAGCAAGAAUCUGCCGUGGGACGAAGCACAUGCUGGACCCAGCCCGACUGGAUGGCGUCGUCCGAGGUUGACCAAAAGUUCUUGGGCAGGCUGGCCAAAGCCGUCGAGCAAGACAAUCCUAUCCUGUCGUCAAUACUCUUCAAAAUCCUUGGGUUGUCGCUCAACCUUGCCCAUCAACUUGUGGCUUCCAAGAAAUCUCGGAGGCCAGACCCUGCUACAUCGCCCUUAUUUCUCAAACGCGUAUUGCAUAUAAUAUGGCUGUCUCGCGAGGGGUUGAAUAUGCUCCAGCAAUACGUCAUGCCAAUGAUUGGCAACUAUGUUGAGUUGAAGGUCUUAGCUUAUAAGCUACGCGCCAGCUUCCAUCACAUCUUUGUUCUUUUUCACAACCACCCCCCAGUUUCCAACAUGGCGAGCUGGACGCCAGAGGCGAGGGAAGCGGCAUUGGCAUCAGCAGCACGAGCAGAAGCAGAAGAGAGGAAAGGAGACACGUCUGUGGAUUUGCUGUCCAGGCCGCCGUCUGUUCAGCCUACCCAUCCUUUGGAAGGCGGGCCUGUUGGACCGCCUCCUGGGUUUGAGGCUCAUGUGGCCCUGUUGCCACCCUCGUUUCUGCUACCGCAACUGGAUUACCUUCCUACAGCUCAUCAGUAUUUCCGGGAAGCUGUGAAGCUUGCAGACGAACUGCUGUGGGGCUCUCAUUCAUUACGACUAUCAGUAAAGACCGAAUACGCUGCCUUUCUCUACGAGUGUGUCCACGAUGCUGAAGCGAGCCGUAAACUUGCCAAGGAUACAAUUGCAGAAGUUUACGAUGCAACUGAGGGCAUGGAUGAUGACAUGUUCAACGACGCUUGUGAGCUUGUCACUGUGUUGGGCAAAAUGAUGAAGCGAGGUCUUGGUUCGUCGAAUAAUACAUUGCGAAGUAAAGACCAAGUAUCGAGUCCUGCCCUUCUUGCCAAGCCAACUCCUCCGCCAGGGAUGGAAAACCCGAUAUGA